GCGCACACCGCCACCUCCCUCACCUCACUCAUAGUGCAGCUCUUUCAGGUGGUCUUGCUGAAGCUGGGCUAUGACGGUCAAGCUCACUCGAACUACUGUGGGAGCAUGAAUGUAAAAGAAUUUCUCAGGGAAGAUGGCCACCUGGGGAUGAAUGGUGAAUCCUUAUGUGAUGACUGUAAGGGGAAGAAACACCUUGAAACACACACAACCGCCCACAUGCAAUCCUCAAGGUCUAAAAGAGUAGCAAGGACCAUUUGGCACAUCUUUUCUUACGCAGGUUUCCUCUUGCUCCAUGUGUUGCAAAGAAUGGGGACAGCAGGAUGGUUUGUGUCCAGGAAGGUUGUUUCACUCCUUUGGCUGGCUGUUGUGUCUCCAGGGAAGGCCGCGGCCGGCGUGUUCUGGUGGCUGGGGACCGGGUGGUAUCAACUCGUGACCCUGAUUUCUUUGCUGAAUGUGUUUCUUCUUACAAGAUGCCUUCCAAAGAUAUUCAGGUUAUUGCUGUUCCUUCUCCCGUUGUUGCUGUUACUUGGCUUAUGGCACUGGGGCGCAGAAGGGUUCCUUUCCUUAUUCCCAGCUUUGAAUUGGACAAGCUUUCACAGAACGUACAGGUGGGAAGAUGCUGCAACAGGUGUCGAACCUCAUCCAGGCUCAUCGUAUGCUGUCCAGCACUCAGAUGAAACGCUGAAGUUCUUGGACGCAAGCCGCGUGCAUGAGCUGGAAAAGCAGUUGGCCUUAAUGUCGGAGCGAUGGCACCACCGGGAAGAAGAGUAUCGCCACAUGCUGCUCCUGCUGCAGAACAUGCAGGACCAAGUGGCCCAGAUGAGCGACAAGAGCGAAACCUUGGUCUUAAUUAAAAACAUUGUGGGCCAGCACCUGAAAGAGAUGCAACCCCAUCAAACAGCGAUCGACGCCUUGGCCUUGCAGCAAGAACAUGGAUGGCGCAUCGCGGCUUUAGAAGAUCUCCUUGCAAAACUCUCCGAAAAAUCCGAGGGUAUCCAAAAGGAACUGGAGCUAACCAAAACGAAAACAGCGAGUGACAUGGAUGAACAAAACCAGCAUUUCUUGUCCAAGAUUAAACUCCUGGAGCUUGAGUUGGCUCAUGUGAAAUCAGAGCUGCUAAACUCACAGGGUGUGAAAGCGAGCUGCGCCUCGGUGGAUAUGCUUCAGGAAAAGGUAGACGCUCAGGUUAAGGAAUCCGUCAAAUUCAUUCUGUUUGGUCGCCAACAAGGAGAUUUGCCAGAAUCGCUGCUUCAGUGGCUGACGUCCAAAUUUGUGAGCAAGAGUGACUUGCGGGUUUUGUUGCAAGAUUUGGAGUCCCAGAUCCUCAGGAACAUCACUCUGCACAUGUCUGUCGCAAACACCAAGUCAACGUCGGAGGUGGUCACCAGUGUGGUGAACGAAGCUGGGAUUGCAGGCAUCACAGAAGCGCAAGCGCGCCUGAUUGUCAACAAUGCGCUGAAGCUGUUCUCUCAAGACAAGACUGGCAUGGUGGACUUUGCUUUGGAAUCUGGGGGUGGCAGCGUUUUGAGCACCCGCUGUUCAGAGACCUACGAAACCAAAACAGCGCUGAUCAGCCUCUUUGGCAUUCCUCUGUGGUACUUCUCACAGUCUCCCCGGGUCGUGAUCCAGCCUGACAUGUAUCCCGGGAACUGCUGGGCCUUCAAAGGAUCCCAGGGAUACCUGGUUGUGCGCCUCUCGAUGGUGAUCCACCCAACCGCUUUCACCCUGGAACAUAUACCAAAAACACUUUCGCCGACGGGCAAUAUUACGAGCGCGCCGAAGGAUUUCUCCGUCUAUGGCCUUGAAGAUGAGUACCAAGAAGAAGGUGUCCUUCUGGGGCAAUAUACGUAUGAUCAAGAUGGAGAACCAUUGCAAAUGUUCCAAGUAACGGAGGACACGGAGAAAGCAUUCCAGAUCGUGGAGCUGAGGAUAUUCUCCAACUGGGGCCACUCAGAGUACACGUGCCUCUAUCGGUUCCGGGUGCACGGGAGGCCCGCCGAGUGAACACGGCCACGCUUCCCUCCCUCCCUCCUGCUAAUAUGGAAUUCCUUGGAUACUAACUUCAGUAGAGAAAGCCCUCCUUCGGAGAAUAAUUCCUUCGAAAGGUGAUAUAAUACCUGAACAUUUUUACCUCUUUUCCUGCUUCGGGGAAGGAUCGGACUUUUAGAUAUUGUUUGUUUGCGUUUUGGGGAAAUAUAAAGGUGGUACUGACUUGGUUUCUUUUGAUCAGAGUUCCUAUAUGUUGCACAAGAGUCCUCAAAUAUUUAUAAUAGAGUUUUAUUAUUUCUCGGAGGUCAUUUCUCCACCGAAGUUCAGGUAGAAGCGGAACGAAUGGCCUUUUGAUAAAGAGCUUGCUAAAAAAAUAAAAUUUAAAAAUAACCCUGUACAGGUGUUUCAUAAACUAUAAAGAGUAAAUAUAUAAACCAGAACUAUCCUGUAGAGACUCCAACGGGCGGGGAAUCUUUUUGCAGAACACUAACUUAUUUUUAAAGACGCAGGAUAGGACUUUGUGCAAUGUAUUUUUGUAAAUGCUUUUUUCAGAACCUUUGUCUCGGGUGUCCUUCGCUGCCUCCAAACUGAUAAGAAACUAUUAAAAAAAAAGGUUUAAGAGUUUUAAUUUUUUCAGAAGUGCAUGUCAUAUUUGGAACUAAGAAAUAAAAGUUUCUUUUUUUGGUA